UGCGCAUGCGCGCAAUUGAAUCAGGCAGGGGGCGCGUAUUGGGUAAACACAACGGUAUAAGACAGGCGACCUCGAACUAUGUCUUUUGAAUGAGACAUAAAUUAUUGUAGAUUUAUUCCACGAAUUCGCAGUGCCCAGCCGUGGAAGCCGGAGUCUCGUCAACGGCCAAAGGAGCUACUGUUCAUCACGUAGUAAAACGUUCUUCCUGUCUCCGUCUCCUCAGCUGUGGCCUCAGUUCCUGUUUCCGCCCAAAUCACACAGCACAUCAUUGCUAUAAGCAUUGUAAGUAAGCAGCAACAAUUAGGACUGGAUUGGGGAUUCUGUUCCGGAUGCAACAACGUCAGGCCACCCCACAGUUAAGGCACAAGAAGAACCCCUAGAGUUGUCCCGUGAUAGGAUACUGAAGAGGUGUCUCCGGCAGAAGACUGGAUGAGCCUAGACAUGAGGAAAAGUGGAGCCAACAAGUACUGAAAUUGAGUAUCCUCUCUCCACAUUGGGAAAAUCCCUAACGUCGACUUCAUGGCCUUUUGAAUUGCUGUGAUUGCUGUUGUCCAUCUCUACUGUUGACUUGUAUAUUGGUGGAGUAGCAGUGGGUAGCAACAAUGCACAAGAGCGCUGUGCUGUGAGGAGAGAGAGAGAGAGACAUGAGGACGUGGACAGGCUCCUGGCGCUGGAUCAUGCUAGUGCUGUUGGCAUGGGGCACCUUGCUGUUCUACAUUGGCGGGCAUCUGGUGCGUGACAAUGAACAGCCUGAGCAUCCCAGCCGUGAACUCUCCAAAAUCCUAGCUAAGCUCGAGAGACUCAAGCAUCAGAAUGAGGAGCUGCGACGCAUGGCUGAGACGCUCAGGUUGCCAGAGGGUCAAGCUGAUGCAGACACUGGAGCUGCAGGGAAGCUCCACAGCCUGGAAGAGCAGUUACUCAGAGCCAAAGAACAGAUCAACUCUUACCGCAGUCUACCUGUUGAUGGCCCAGGGAGAAAACAUGAGGAGUUACGGAGAAUGAUUGAGAAUGGUGUACGAGAAUUGUGGUACUUUGUGCGCAGUGAGGUGAAGAAACUGGGCCACAUAGAGACAGGAGAGCUGCAGAAACACAUCAACAUGCUGCUGCAAGACUUGGGCCACCAUCAGAGGUCCAUCAUGACAGACUUGUACCAUCUGAGCCAGGCAGAUGGAGCUGGAGCCUGGAGAGAGAAGGAGGCCAAAGACCUCUCAGAUCUAGUACAAAACAGGAUAACAUACCUACAGAACCCACCAGACUGUGGAAAGGCACGCAAGCUGGUGUGCAACAUCAAUAAGGGCUGUGGUUAUGGCUGCCAGCUGCAUCAUGUGGUCUACUGCUUCAUGAUCGCCUAUGGCACCCAACGGACACUCAUCCUGGAGUCACAAAACUGGCGCUAUGCCACUGGGGGCUGGGAAACUGUCUUUAAACCUGUCAGUGAUACAUGUACUGACCGCACUGGAGCCUCUACUGGACACUGGUCUGGUGAAAAUAAUGAUCAGGCUGUGCAAGUGGUUGAGUUGCCUAUUGUGGAUAGCCUCCAUCCACGUCCUCCUUACCUGCCGCUGGCUAUCCCAGAGGAUCUGGCUGAACGUUUGCAGCGGCUGCAUGGAGACCCCUCUGUCUGGUGGGUUUCUCAGUUCGUCAAAUAUCUGAUCCGACCUCAGGCUUGGCUUGAGAAAGAGAUUCGUGAAGCGACCACCAAGCUGGGCUUCAAACACCCCAUCAUAGGAGUGCAUGUGCGCAGGACAGAUAAGGUGGGCACAGAAGCUGCAUUCCACCCCAUAGAGGAGUACAUGCUGCAUGUAGAGGACCAGUUCCAGAGCCUGGCACGUCGCAUGCACAUUGAAAAGAAACGUGUUUACCUGGCCACCGAUGACCCUUCACUACUGCAGGAGGCUAAGUCUAAGUACCCAGAUUAUGAGUUCAUCAGUGAUAAUUCCAUCUCCUGGUCAGCUGGCCUGCAUAACCGCUACACUGAGAACUCAUUAAGAGGAGUCAUUCUUGACAUCCACUUCCUGUCCCAGACCAACUUCUUGGUCUGCACCUUCUCCUCCCAGGUGUGUCGUGUGGCCUACGAGAUCAUGCAGACGCUGCACCCAGAUGCCUCAUCCUACUUCUACUCACUGGAUGAUAUCUACUACUUUGGGGGGCAGAAUGCACACAAUCAAGUGGCUAUUUAUGCACAUGAGCCCCACAGCCAAGGAGAAAUUGUGUUGGAGCCCGGAGAUGUGAUUGGAGUGGCUGGCAACCACUGGGAUGGCUACUCCAAGGGCAUCAACCGCAAGAGUGGUCGCACUGGCCUCUACCCCUCUUACAAAGUGAAGGAGAAAAUUGAGACAGUGAAGUAUCCCACUUACCACGAAGCUGACAAGCUGCUUAAGAAACAGUAGAGGGGAUCAAGGGAUGCUGGGAAAUAUAUUUCAUACUUUAUAGUAUAUUGAAGAAAGCCUGGACCUCCUGGAUGGGGAUGCACUUUGUGUGUGUGUGUGUGUGUGUGUGUGUAAGUGAAUGAAUGAAUGAAUGAAUGAGUGAGUGAAACAGUGAGUGCAUGUGUGUCUGACCUUGGACCUGAAGGGGGCCAUAAGAAUUGUAAAAAAAAAA